AUGAAUAUGUAUGUUUAAACAAUUCAUCAGAAUACUACUGUGUGUCAAUAAUUUAGGAAGAUAAGUGAAAGCAGAUUGAGUUUCUUGUAUAUUUUACAAACAACACAAAACACACCCUCAAAGAGAGGGGCACGUACCUGUCGAGUUAUGCAAAACUCAGAUCUAAAGUAAUUUAACGGUGCCAGGACCCGGGCACCGCGCCACGCAUCAAGCCAAUUGACACUGAGCCUACAAACGAUGAGGAUGAUGCAGGUAAACGCAUACAUCAUCAUACAAACAUAUUCCCUGAUCGCGUAGCGUGGAAAGUGUCGAGAAAAAAAUCUGUGAAGAGUAACCGAAAGAACAUCAACUUUCUACAUCAGAGCAUAACCGCAACAUCACUCCGCCAUGCUAGCGCUCAGUGCUAAAGCCUGAUUUAUAACAGCAUAUUAUCCCAGCUAACGCUCGUAGAGCUCAACACCAGUAUAUAAAACUACAUCACACUACCACACACAUUACUUUACAAUGAUCUAUACCACUGAACCAGCAGUUUAACUCCAGGUAAGAUAUUGUCCUGGUUUGGGAAACCAAGAUGAAGUUUGAAUAGGUGUGUUUUGAGUGGACAGCGGUUUUAGUUGGUACUGAAAACCUGUAUACGCCGAGUGCUGCUCAGAACUGGAGUUGAGACCAGUAAAUCAGAGUAGAAACGUCCCACGCCCAGUUUUAUCGGACUACAUUGAAAUAUGUUGCGCAAAUAGUGACUUGCUGCAUGCCAUGACCACUGAAAAAAGGGCAAAGCUACGCUCCUCAGCCAAUAGCAGUAACCGCGGACCGCCUUGGUUAAACGCAUCAGGCCGCCAAGACAUUCCACUCGGAGAGCAGAACCGGACGCACAAAACGCGUGAAAACGCACAGUGAGGAUCAUGGUUCGAGCCAAGGCCUGGACUCUACGCUCACACUUCGUCUCUUUCCCCAAGGACAGCGACUUUGAGCUGAAGGAGGAGGAGCUUCCUGCACCGAAUGAUGGAGAGGUGCUCCUGGAAGCUGUGUUUCUGAGCGUCGAUCCUUACAUGAGGCCUUACAGCCGAGUGAAGAUGAAAGAGGGUGAUGUCAUGAUUGGAACCCAAGUUGCCAAGGUCCUGGAGAGUAAAAAUCCACAGUUCCCCGUCGGGUGUCAUGUGAUCGGAAACUGUGGGUGGCGAACCCACACCCUGUCGGAUGGGGCGGGACUGAUGCCCAUGCUGUCUGACUGGCCUCAGGACCAGCCCCUGUCCCUGGCACUCGGAACCAUCGGCAUGCCUGGGCUGACGGCUCUGUAUGGGCUGGAGGAGGUGUGUGCGAUCAGACCGGGGGAAUCCCUGCUGGUGAACGCUGCAGCUGGCGCGGUUGGUUCCACAGUCGGCCAGAUCGCCAAGAUCAAGGGGUGUAGAGUGGUGGGUUCUGCAGGGUCGGAUGCUAAGGUGUCCUACCUGAAAGAGCUGGGGUUCGACGAGGCCUUCAACUACAAAACGGUGGGGUCCCUGCAGGAGGCUCUGCAGAAGGCCUCUCCAGAUGGCUACGACUGCUACUUUGAGAAUGUUGGAGGAGAGUUCUCCAGCGUCGCUAUGCCUUUGAUGAAGCCGUUUGGCAGGAUUGCAGUGUGUGGGAGCAUCUCCAUGUACAACGACACCACUCCCCAGACCGGGCCCUACAUCCACAGCCACAUGAUCUUCAAGCAGCUGAAGAUGGAGGGUUUCAUCUCCUCCCGCUGGCAGCACAAGAACGAGGCGUCCCUGCGCAGGCUGCUAGCCUGGGUGCAAGAGGGGAGGCUGAGGUGCAGGGAACACGUCACCGAGGGCUUCCAGAACAUGCCGGCCGCCUUCAUGGGAAUGCUGAGGGGAGAAAACACGGGCAAGGCCAUCGUCAGGGCGUGACACCCCCCUGUGGCCCACAGCAGGAAACGCAGCAUCGCGCCACCGUGUUCCCGCGCCCCCCGCCUCUCGCCCCCCA